AUGAAGAGAAAGGAUUCCCAAUAUAGUUUAAACAGAGACGCGUCGCGGUCUGCUCGAAUGCUCUCGGAUAGUAUGUCAUCUGAUGAACCAGAAACCGAAAGCCUGCUAAAUUUGCAACAACCCCCCAUCGUUAUUGCAAUCGGUAGUGAACGACGACAGUCCCUCACUGCACCGCCCUCUCCUACUGAGUACCGCAAAAAGCGCGACAAUCGUCAUCAUCACAACUAUAUAAACCAUCUUCAUCAUCUCAUCCACUGGAGAGAUAUCUGGGGUGGAGAAACGCAAAAACCUCAGGAGGAUUCGUUUGACUUCGACGAAGUAUCAUGCGAUACAUCGCUAUUGACGCAAUUUACUUGCAUCCAAAAUAAAGAUGAAGAAGAAGCAGGAGAAGAAGAACAAGAAGAAGAUCAAGAAGAAGAACAAGAAUUUGAAACUUACGAA